GCAAGGUGUUCACAAUCUUAUUUCAUAUUCUCUGAAGUAAUAUUGAAAAGUAUCAAAAAUGGGUCUAAACAAGUCAAACUGUGUUCUGCUUUUAGUGCUGGUAUCUUUGGCUAUUAUUAAAGAGAAUCCCGCAAGCUCUGAGGAUGUUGGUUCACAAGGUAAAAAUCGACUGAUGCUCGCAAGGUGUAAUUAUACUGUAGCGGGUUUCCGUUCAUGCGCUUCUUGUCAUGACGUAAUAUUGUGCACGCCACUGGACGUCGGCAUUGUACGUCCCUGCAGAGGCAACAAGAGUAACUGUAACGAGGGCGCCUGCUCGGAUACACCCAGUGCCAACUGUAAUUCCACCUCAUCGCAAAAGAGGCGACCCACCUUCGGUUUUACUAUUAGGUUUUAGAGAUUAACAGAAUGCAACGUCAUACAACGAGGAAAAUAUUAUAGACGAAUUAAAUAUAUUACGCAAAAUCA